AUGCUGCGGAAGGUUCAUGAGAGACACUGUUUGGAGGAGCAGAGAGGGGAGGGGGAGGGAGACACGAAGGAGGGAUCGGGGAGAUUGGGUGGACGACGUGGUAGGCAGCAGAAGUUCCAGGAGGGUAUAUACAUGAAGGAAAGGGUUUUGUCAGCAACGGUCACCGGCGGGGCUGACCAAGGGGACGGCCCCACUGCUGCAGAGACUGGUGCCACAGAACUGCCGCUACCACUGCCGGCAACACUCCCGGGAGGUAGCUGA